AUGGUGAGGGUCAAGUUCAGCUCAAAGAAUGAGCGUAUAUCCAUGGUGGGAUCUCUUCCUCGCCCCACAACGCCAGUCGAGGAAGAUAAAAAGCAAGCUCAAUUAAGUACCCUGUUAGAUGAAGAUCAGGAAAAGAACACAUCAUCAUCUCCCCAGGCAGAUGACGAGGAGGACGAUAUCCAAGCUCAAUUUGAAGCCCAUUUGGAUGAGUCGCGCCUUAGAAUGGAGCCAAUGCUAGCAGAUGGAAACUGUUUUUUUAGAGCUCUCGCAGAUCAGAUUGAAGGUGACCAAGAACAGCAUUCAAAGUAUCGUCAGAUGGUGGUGGAAUACAUUAUGAACCAUCGUUCACACUUUGAGCCUUUCUUUUCUCAAGAAGACGACUUUACUUUUGAAGAAUACUGUGAAACUUUGGCAAAAGAUGGAACAUGGGCUGAUCAUUGCGAGCUUCAGGCAGCCUCCAUGCUCACUCGCACCAACAUUCGUGUCCACCGCCUUAAGGACCAACCAUCUGAUAUAUACAAUUUUCAUCCUGCAGAAGUUCCCACCCUAAAUCUCUCAUACCAUGAUGGAAACCAUUACAACAGUCUGCGCUCCAUUGAUGACAAUGCUGCUCCACCUAUUCUUAUUGAGGAGGACAAGAGUACAGGCCACUCUCACAACGAGUCAGUGAAGUUUGUUGUGGAUCGAACAGGGUGUGCAGAUGAUGAAACUCGCGUAGAAAACAAUUUUCUUAAAAAAAAGGAUGAACCUCAGCGAAGGAAGAGUCUAUCCGAGUGGCUUCCAUGGGUACCCAGGAAGAAGAAAUGUGAUGGCCGAAAAACAAGCAAUAGUGAGUUCAACGCAGUGAAUUCUGAGGAUUCACCACGUAAGCAUAAGGUUAAGAAAUCAAGCUCUCUGAAAUAA